AUGGCUGCCUCUAUCACUACAGACGUUAGCAACUACGGGGCCCAGGGAUAUGGCGACCUAAGCCAUAGGAUGAAAGCCUUGACCUGGCAAGGGAAGAAUUCGGUUAAAGUUGUGGAGACGGCUCGCCCGAAGAUCAUCGAUGAAGGCGAUGUCAUACUUAAGGUGACGGGCAGCACUAUUUGUGGGAGUGAUUUACACCUCUUCCAUGAGGCCAUCCCUGAUCUCCAGAAAGGUGAUAUCCUUGGCCACGAAUUCUGCGGCAUUAUCUCAAGCGUGGGACCGGCAGUCAAGAAGGUUCAAGUGGGCGACCGCGUUGUGGCGUCCUUUCAAAUUGCCUGUGGGAAGUGUUAUUAUUGCGAAAAGAAGUUGUCCUCAAUGUGUGAGCGCACGAAUUCGAGCGAGGCGGCUAGUAAGCUAUAUGGACGUCGAACAGCUGGCAUGUUUGGAUACUCCCACUUCACGGGAGGCUUUGCUGGUGGGCAAGCGGAGUAUGUUCGUGUCCCUUAUGGUGACGUGAAUCUCCUUCAGCUGCCUGACGACGUCCCUGAUGAGAAAGGUCUCUACCUUUCCGAUGUGCUAGCAACAUCUUGGAACGCCGUUGUUGAUACAGGAGUUGAAGAGGGUGACACUGUGGCAAUCUGGGGAGCAGGCCCAGUUGGGCAAAUGGCCGCUGAAUUCAGCUUCUUCAAUGGUGCUAAGAGGGUUAUCCUUAUUGAUGGCGGCCAUGGAAAAUGGCGACUAGACUUCGUCAAAAAGGUUCUACCUAAGCUCGAGACAAUCGAGUAUACGAACCUAAAAGAGGAGUCUGUUACCGUAACUCUAAAAAAAAUGUGCGACGGCCGUGGACCUGAUGUUGCGAUUGAGUGUGCCGCUGGUGAGUAUGCGAAAGGAUGGGCUCAUUACUUUGAAAGACUACUGGGAAUGGAAACGGAUACGUCUGAACUCCUUAAUGAGAUGAUUACCUCUGUCCGUGGGUUCGGCCGUUGUGGUGUCACAGGUGUAUAUGCUGGUUAUUGUAACCAUUUCAACAUUGGUUCGUUAAUGGAGACUGGAAUCCAUCUCGCUGGCAAUGGACAAGCUCCUGUCCAAAAAUACUGGAAUCUCCUCUUAAAGUAUAUCCAAGAGGGGAAGAUCCACCCUCUUCAUAUGGUCACCCAUCGGUUCAAGCUCGAAGACAUGGAGACGGUCUAUGAUUUAUUCAAUAAACGCGAAAUGGGCAUACAGAAGGUGUUUAUCCAGACAAAAUUUUCCGCGCCUCCAGCACCAGGAGCACCCGCGUUAUCAGACCUCUGA